AUGGAGCUGCACACAAACUUUGUAGAUUGUAGUUUAUUUCAACAAGGACAAUAUGCAUUAAUCCUCAUCUUCAUCAUCUUCAUCAUCAUCUUCAUCCUCAUCAUCAUCAUCUUCAUCAUCCUCAUCAUCAUCCUCAUCAUCAUCUUCAUCAUCAUCAUCUUCAUCAUCAUCUUCAUCAUCAUCCUCAUCGUCAUCAUCUUCAUCAUCAUCCUCAUCCUCAUCUUCAUCAUCAUCAUCCUCAUCUUCAUCAUCCUCCUCAUCUUCAUCAUCAUCAUCAUCCUCAUCUUCAUCAUCCUCAUCUUCAUCAUCAUCAUCCUCAUCUUCAUCAUCCUCCUCAUCUUCAUCAUCAUCCUCAUCCUCAUCUUCAUCAUCAUCAUCCUCAUCAUCAUCUUCAUCAUCCUCAUCUUCAUCAUCAUCUUCAUCAUCAUCAUCCUCAUCUUCAUCAUCCUCAUCAUCAUCAUCAUCCUCAUCUUCAUCAUCCUCAUCAUCAUCAUCCUCAUCAUCUUCAUCCUCAUCUUCAUCAUCCUCAUCUUCAUCAUCAUCAUCAUCCUCAUCAUCUUCAUCCUCAUCUUCAUCAUCCUCAUCUUCAUCAUCAUCCUCAUCUUCAUCAUCAUCAUCAUCAUCUUCAUCAUCCUCAUCAUCAUCCUCAUCCUCUUCAUCAUCAUCAUCAUCAUCAUCAUGGUGAAGUUGGAGGAGGUGGUCCUGGGCCCGGCUGUGGCGCUGCAGUCGUGUGAGGAGAUGCUGCAGCGCUGGCAGAGCUGCUACGACAUCAGCAAACACAAUGAGACGGAUGAGAGCAGCAGUAUCCCCGUCCCGGAGCGCCCGGAGCGCCCGGAGCAUAGUCCUGUCCCGGGACUGAGGCGGCGCUCCUUCCAGCUCCUCACGCUGCCAGAUUUCCAAGACGGAUCCUCAGAUUCUCAGAGCCCGCCGUCGGUGGCCGUGUCCCGUCUGGACGCCGCUCUCUCUGAAACCUCGGACGUGAGCUCCACACGACGCCAAGGCCCCACGGUCAUCUGGACCACUCUGGAGCGGAUCUGGCUCCAGGCGGUUCUGCACAAGUGUCACUCGAGUGUAGCGUUGGAAGCUUGUGCUGCUUUGUCUCCCCUGCCUCCCCCUCCUCCCCCCUCCCUCCCCUGCCUCCCCCUCCUCCCCCCUCCCUCCCUCCCCUCCCCGUGGGUCGGUGUCUGA